AUGCUUUUUUUCUUCUGUCAUGAAGACGUGCGCAACAUCACUCACGUCAUCAACUAUGAUUACCCCAACAACUCGGAGGACUACAUCCAUCGUAUUGGCCGUACAGGUCGUGCUGGUGCCACUGGCACGGCCAUCACCCUAUUCACUACUGAUAAUGCUAAGCAGGCCCGUGAUCUCGUUGGUGUGCUGCAGGAGGCCAAGCAGAGCAUUGACCCGCGCCUUGCCGAGAUGGUGAGAUACGGUGGUGGUGGCGGAGGCCACGGCCGGUACGGUGGUUACCGUGGUCGUGGCGGUUACCGCGGUGGCGGACACAGAGGUGGCGGUGGCGGUGCCAAUGCCAUGCCGGUCAAUAACCGCCGGUGGUAA